CUCCGUACCACCUAGCGGGCUGCGCCCCUCUGCCCUACUACCGUGCUACUGCAGCGCAAGUGCACGCUAACUUCUGGUUGCCUAAGCAGUGUGCACAGCACGCGGCGUCCACAGAAAAGCACGCUGCCCGCCUCUUCCACUUCGCCAUUGCCCAUUCACCACUUGUCUGCCACUUCUCAACAAACAACAAAAAAACCCUUUCUCGCCAACCCGCCCAGCGGCUCCUUUCCACGCUCGCAAUAUUGCGAUCUUCCGCCUCCUGCGCUUCACUCAACCUCAUCGCCGGUUUGUCCGCCUUCGAAUCCUGCACCCGGCGCACGGUGCUGCUGCUCCGACAUUCCCGCACUGCGUCCGCAGCCACUGCUGCAACUGCAACCCCUCCUCGCCUCGAUUGACUCCCACGCCGGCAGCCACCGAGACCGCAUCGCCUGUCGCCGCUCACUGCCUGCCUGUUAUCGAAUAAUUAUAAUUUCCACCAUCCUUCUCGCUCCAUAACCACCACACACAACAUGUCAGCUUACGACUUUGACUAUGUCAAGAAGAUGACGCCGCCGGGCUACUCGUUUCCCUCGCAUCGCCUCAAGCGCACUUGCGAUGCCGGACGCACGCCUCUCGUGCUUGUCGCUUGCGGCUCUUUCUCCCCCAUUACCUUCCUCCAUCUGCGCAUGUUCCCGAUGGCUGCCGACCACAGCAAGACGCAAGGAUUCGAAGUCGUUGGCGGAUACCUCUCACCCGUGUCCGACGCUUACAAGAAAAAGGGCCUCGCUCCUGCUUCUCACCGUAUCCGAAUGUGUGAGCUAGCCACCGAAAACACAUCUAAAUGGCUCAUGGUCGACCCUUGGGAGGCUGAAAGCCCGACAUAUAUUCCCACUGCUCGCGUGCUCGACCACUUUGACUACGAGAUCAACCACGUCAUGGGCGGCAUCGAGUGCUCCGACGGCACCCGCAAGCCCGCCAAGAUUGUCCUCCUUGCUGGCGCCGAUUUGAUUCAAACCAUCAGCACACCCGAUAUCUGGGACGCCCGCGAUGUAGACCACAUUCUUGGAGAUUUUGGCGUCUUUGUCCUCGAGCGAACGGGCACCGAGCUGGACUCGGCACUGGCAAGCUUGAAGCAGUGGGAACGCAAUAUCCACGUCAUCCGCCAAGUCAUUACCAACGACAUUAGCAGCACCAAGGUGCGCCUAUUGCUGAAGCGCGAUAUGAGCAUAGACUAUCUCAUUCCUGACGACGUUAUCCAUUAUAUUUACGAGCACAAUCUUUACAGAGACUUGGACAUGACAACGGCACCUAAUAACAAGGGUAAUAUCCAAAGCAAUACCGCCGUUGCUGGCCCCAGCAGUUAGUUGUGCGAGAACCUGCAUCACGAUGGGUGGUUCUUGUCCAAGGCAUUGCUGGGUAUUGUGUUUUCCCUUUUGUAUUUUCAGGUUGCGUCAAGGGUGUUUAUUUGCUCUGAAAUCAUUAUUCCAUCUUAUUGAUGGUUGGCUAUGCAUGCAUUUGUUUUCGGGGAUGGUAUAGGGACAUGAGAAGAUUUUUUACAAGUUAGAGGUGAAAGGCAACACUAGCCUACUCUGUUUUCGUUUCUGGUUAUAGGCAUAAGAGGUGCCGCAAUACGUUGAGCGUGCUGUCUUUUUGGAGGUUAUAUUAAAGUAUACAUUACGAAUAUAUUUUGCCAAGCGAAGCCUCAAUGGCUAGUAUCUUGGCCCACG